AAAAUCAAAGAGAAGGGAAAAUAAAUAGAUAAAAAAGAAAAUAAAAAUCUUGAAAACUCUUCUUAUCCAAGAGAAGCAAGGCCACAUCUUCUUUCUCAUCAAUAUUAUCCAUUCCUAGUACUCCAUUAACACUAACAAGAAGAAGCAGAACAAGAGGAAGAAAUGGCUAUGAAGAACUGUUUUCAAGUGAGUACUACAGUGUGCACUAGUGGCAGAGCUGGUGUGGUUUUUGCUCCUGUAGAGAAGCUUCAUUUGCCAACUUCUUGUAAGGGAUUCAAUCUAUCCAACUUAUCAUCGUCUUCUUCAUCUUCUCUCUUCGCCCAUUCUCUCACUCUCAGAGGCAAUACCCAAAAGUCUCGCAUUAUCUGCAAAGCUCGUGAAGCUUUAGAUGAAGUGCAAGCAGUGACAGAUUCAAGCUGGGAUAAUCUUGUGAUUGCUAGUGAAACCCCCGCUCUGGUGGAGUUUUGGGCACCCUGGUGUGGACCUUGCCGGAUGAUAGCGCCGGUUAUAGAUGAAUUGGCAAAAGAGUAUGCCGGAAAGAUUGCAUGUUUCAAGGUAAACACCGAUGAAUGCCCAAAUAUUGCCAAUAAAUAUGGAAUAAGAAGCAUUCCCACUGUGCUGUUCUUCAACAAAGGAGAGAAGAAAGAAAGUGUCAUCGGAGCUGUGCCAAAGACAACCUUGUCUAGUACCUUGGAGAAAUAUAUAGAUGCUUGACAAGACAAUUAAGACAUCUUCAAUAGUUGUACCAGCUUAUGAUAUAUGUUCAUGUUAUUCACCAUAUUCAAAUGACUGGUAUUUAAUGUAAAUGAAUUUAGUUCCAAAUUCUGAGUUA